UUAAGGCUUAAGCUAGUGCUACAGGUAGCGGAGCAACAACAGCGGGGGCAAAUCUCUCAUUUCUCGUAUACACACGAGGCUUUAGCAAAUCUUACGUGCAUUCAGUCGAGCACCGGUACUCUAUACAGACGUGCUUUUUAUUUACAAUAUUUAUUUAUUUUUUUAUAAUUUCAGUGUCUGUUGAGAAUUUUAUACGAAUAAUUAAUUAACUUAAUAAUUCAAUAAUUUUAAUUAUUGUUGAUAAAUUGUAAUUUGUUAAAACAUUGAUGUUAAAAAGUGUAAUUGUAUAAAUUUGUGAAAAAUUGAUAUUACCAUCAACAAUUACAUGUGAGAUAUUUUAACUAAAAUAUGGAUUAACAAAAUGCUCGAUAAAUAAAAAUAAUGUUAAGUGACAUGCGAAUUAAAAACCGAUGACAAUAAUGAGGAGGAUCGGGGGUCCAAAGAAAAAACUCAUUAUAACAACAAGAACAACAACAAAAAGUACACUUUUUAUCCUUUUUAUCACAUUAACACCGAUAGCCUGUUCAACAGCCGCUGCAGCUGCCGGAAUUUUGGACCCGUGGCAAUGGACACGAAGUGAUAAAAUUGAAGUUAAUAUACCGUGGUUGCCAUUUGAAAACGAAACGAGGUGUUAUGAUGAACUCGGCUGUCUCAAUAUAACUAGGAGCUGGUACCAUUUGAUACAUCGGCCGCUCAAUGUCUUUCCUUUGCCCCGGGAAGUUAUCAAUACGAGGUUUAUACUUUAUACAAAUGAUAAUCCUACAGAGGGCCAAGUUCUUAUUGUAGGAAAAGACAAAUCAAUAAAAAGAUCAAAUUUUGAUCCAAAGCGUAAGACAAAAUUCAUUAUCCAUGGAUUUAUAGACACCACACUGAGUAACUGGGUCAAGGAAAUGAGAAAUGAAUUACUGCAACAUGGUGACUACAACGUAAUUAUCGUUGAUUGGGCCGGAGGAAGUUUACCGCUGUACACCCAAGCAACAGCCAACACUAGACUUGUUGGUUUAGAGAUUGCACAUCUCAUCAAGCAUCUCCAUACGAAAUAUGGGUUGGAGAUGGGCGAUGUCCACCUAAUAGGCCACAGUCUUGGUGCUCAUACUGCAGGAUACGCUGGGGAAAAAUUGCAAGGCGAAGUUGGCCGUAUCACGGGAUUAGAUCCUGCGGAGCCCAAUUUCCAGGGUAUGCCCAGCCACAUUCGAUUAGAUUGGACGGACGCCCAGCUUGUUGAUGUUAUUCAUACCGAUGGGAAAAGUAUCUUCUUUCUAGGAUAUGGAAUGAGUCAGCCGUGCGGGCACUUGGAUUUCUACCCAAACAAUGGAAAGGAGCAGCCAGGAUGUACAGAUUUAAGUGAGACAACACCUUCACUGCCGCUCACACUAAUCAGAGAAGGUCUUGAGGAAGCGUCUCGCGUCCUUGUUGCCUGCAAUCACAUCCGAGCAAUAAAACUUUUUAUCGAAAGUAUAAACUCAAAGUGUCAGUAUGUAGCGCACGAAUGCAAUAACUACGCGAAUUUUCUCCGCGGUGAAUGUUUCUCUUGUAAAAGUAAUAACAGUCUCAGUUGUGGCAUUAUGGGCUAUCAUGCUGACCAGAGUCCUGCUUUGGUCAAAAGGUUAGCAAUGGGCCAAUCUGCCAGUACUUCUUUACUUGGUUCUAAAUUUUAUGUUUCUACUGGCAAAGAAGAUCCUUACUGUCGAAGACAUUAUAGAAUAACAAUGAAUUUAGCAAGACCGCAAACUGCUGAAAGUUGGGUUCAAGGUUUUAUGAAAGUUACGCUACAUGCUGAAAAUGGGAUUAUACGUAACAUGGAUCUUACUCCGAACGGGUAUAUGAGGCUAGAGCAUGGUACCACAAGAAAGAUAGUAGUGGCACACCCUGGAGGUGCAGCUAAUGAUAUGGGAAAAAUUCGAAAAGUAGAGCUCGCUUGGACGUAUGACAUGGAUGUAUUGCAACCGCGAUCACUUUGUUUUUUUUGGUGCAAUGACAGAUUGUACGUUGAUAAUAUUGUCGUUGAUAUAAUGGAACUUCCAGGACGAGGGAAAAGAGAAACAGAUUUCUCGAGUAAACUCUGCUCAAUUCAAGGCCGUAAAAGUUACGCUGAAAUAACGAGUGGUUCUAGUGCUGCUUUUGUUGAUAAUUGUCAUUAAUAAAACAAGAAGAAUACAUAUAAAAAACUAUUCAACAAACAAGAGGUGCAAGUUACCUUCAAUACCAUUUAGUUGGUGUUGUCUGUCAAACUCAUUACUCAACGUUUUACAACAUAAUUUAUAUUAGUCUACAAUAUGUACAAUAUUAUGUAAAUAC